UCGAACACACACAUACAACACUGAAUCGAGUUUGUCUCGUUUGCCUGUUUACAUAUCGCAAUUCAUUUGUUUCAUAAUAAUUGUUCAUUCCGUGCUGGUUUGUCCAAAUUAUUAAAAAUAUGACUUCUGCAAUUGAAUCGAUGGUGGUCGAUGAAAAACAAUUACCGGAGAAGCCCAUUGAUCGUGAAAAGACCUGUCCACUCCUAUUAAGAGUAUUUUGCAACACUGGCAGGCAUCACAAUAUAAUGGAAUAUAGUAGAGGGAACGUUCCCUCGAAUGAAUUACAAAUAUACACUUGGAUGGAUGCAACCUUAAGAGAGAUAACAGGAUUGGUCAAAGAAGUGAAUCCAGACGCAAGAAGUAAAGGCACUUAUUUUGACUUUUCACUCGUAACGCCAGAAAUGAGGAAUUCUGGUUAUAGAAUGCGGGAGAUUGGAGUGACCUGUUCCGGACAAAAGGGGGCUGAUGAUAAUAAAACAUUGGCACAAGCAAGGUUCACUAUUGGCGAUUACUUAGACAUAUCAAUUACACCACCGAAUCGUCAACCUGCAAUUCGACGAGGUGCAUUAAGACAAUAUUGAAUUUAGCACGAUAAUUAUUACUAAGUUGUACUUGACUUAAUAAUUUUUUACGAUUCAUUAAUAAAUUAUGUACAUUAUA